CUCUGUUCACUCUUUCACACAUGUGACAGAAAACUAGAAAACAACCUCCACACUCCUUUUUCCAUCAAUUAUAUCCUAUGUUGUUUUAGCUUAACCCGCUCGCCCCUUUCUCCAGUAUUAUCUGAUGACAUAUAGAUUUAGGGCAUACAAUAUUGAUUUAAGAAUGAACAAAUCUGGCAUUUUAGGCAUGAAAACAAGCCCCAAACUCUCACACUCUCUGUUCUUGGAUAUUAAAAACUUCUACAAAGCAGAUUUAAAAGGCCAAAAAUUAAAAGUAGGGCAGCGAGAGUGAAAAAAUCUACAUUUCUCUGGUCCAGGAAUCUGUCUGCUCACUGCGUAUUGUCUUACACCUUUAUUCUUUCACCCACAUUAUGCUAAUGGUGAGGUUUGUGUAGGUGACUUGUGCAGGUACAUUCAUACUGUACUCACCACUGAAUUAACAUCACCCUCAUCAGCCAAAACUGCCAAACCUACAACCUGUGCGUGGGCCGUCCAGAUUCACGGUUUUUCAAAGUUUAAUGGCUCUGACUGAGAUACGAGGCACAGAGACAGAGUGGGAGGACCUGUAGUACUGGCCUGUCAUUCAAAAUAAAAAGGCAGUGGUUACGUCAAACUGCUAUUAUUCAGGAAAUAACAGUUAAAAUAGUGUGAACAAGAUAGCAUGAGAGAGAGAGAGAAAAGAGAGGGAAACACUAUGUGUGGGUGGAAAAAGGGGUGCAGAGACAAUGUAUGCGGUAUGGAAACAAUUUUAUAUUGUGGGUAUAAGAGGGAUACACUUGCAGAAACAGAGCGAGAGAGCGGAGGCGGGGUGUACGGAGGUUUCCCUUGUCCACUUCCUGUUCUAUCGUUGUUUCAUGGUCAACUUCCCGUCACAUGAUUUUGAACAACCACAGAUUCUCACUGCCGUAAACACAGUCUUUUCGCCCACACAAACACAUGCACAGAAACACACACAAACACUUAUGCAUGCACAAAAUCUUAAUAAAGCAAUAAAGUUAAACAUUUAACACACCACACAAUAAUAACAAAAAAGACAAGAGAGUUCAAAGAUAGCAAAAAACAAAUACACAAACAUGUUCUUACUCUGACCGACACACACACACUUGACAGGAAGCGUUGCCUCUCACUCAUAUCAUAUACACUUACACGCACACCCACGCCUUACCUGCCAGUUAAACAACUCUUACGUUCUUUACACUGAAGUCACUAACCACAACAGAUGCGAAUCUCAAGAUAACAUUCUGAGCCGCAAGCACAAUAAGCCCAAAAGGUCUCAUAACCUGCUAACAUCAGUGAAGACAACAACCUUUCAUCCUGCAGCUUUUGUUAAUUGUUAAAAAAGCGUGGUAAAGUUUUGCUGGAUUCUGCUGCUUGCUCUACUGUCUGUCUGUCUGUCUGUUCACCAUGAAUGAGACCCUCAUUGGACCAAGAGGGAGACUUUUUCAGAUGCUAUGAGCGUCCUCUAACUCAAAGGUGCUUCAGCCAUUUGCAACACGCCACAUGGCUGACCAUACAUCUCCCGAACCCGAGUCGAUCUCCUUCGCUCCUAUGUUUCGACCUCAGACAGAAGGUCAAAGGUCAAGUCAUAAUCUUUACCAGCAAAGUUCAAUAAGUGGCCUCGGGCCAUUUGAAGUGCCGUGUGAAGCCACGGAUGGCACCGGGAGCGCUCUGAAUGGAAUAGAUCAAUCGGGGAACGCUGCUUACUGGGGGAAUACGUCCCCCGUGUCGUCUAUGGGACUGAACAGGAACAAGGCACAAGUUGGAGUGUAUGAGACCGACUGGAGUUCUCACUGCCACCAACAGGAGGUAGCAGACUGUUACGAAACAACUGAGCAUCAGCAACAAAAACUGGAUUCUUUCUCCGAGGCGUUUUGCAGUCGUAGCACUUCACGAAUGCUGGGUGGAGGAGAGCAGAGCGGCUUCAACAACUCUACUCCUCCUUCACAUUCCCUUUCCUUCCCUCUGGUCCUUAGCCCACCUCCGACGCCCUUGCCUCCUCCGUCCUUCUCUCCUCCCAAGCGAUCUCAACACUUCCUGCCCGGACAGAUCUUGAGCCAAUCGCAGAUACAAACGCAGAUGGAUGGGUCGCUGCAGUUCUUUCCCUCUCUUCCUUCGCCGUCCACCGGCAGGUACAAUCACCCCAUUUGGCUCCAGCUACAAGAUGAUGGCAACUACAGUUUGGACUUAACACAGCACCUCCAACAAGAGUCAAACUCCUCCCUAGUUUAUUCAGAGCAUGGAGGCCCUCAUCUGAAACAAAUAAACUCCCUGCAGAAAGAGUGUUCACUGCAAAUGUCCCUCAACCAUGCACUUGCUCAAGAUCAUCCUCAGUCCUGCGUGCAGCAGCAGCUGGGUCAUGAGCCUGGGACAUCUGAAGAUCACAUGACAUGGCCUCAGAUGGGGCAAUCAUCACAUUCAUAUGGACCUACUCUGCACCAGUCCGGUCUCCAUGUGCAGGGGUCAGGGCCAGGAGAAGGAUCACGAAUUAGUUUUGGACUGAACUUUAGUCCUGGGUCCUCAGACAAACCUCUAGGAUCCUCCAGCACACAGAAUGUUCCCAGUUCCGUAUAUACUGGAGUCCCUUUCAACAGUGUGAUCCAGCUGAGUAGAGAGCUCAUGGAGAACUGGGAAGGAACUGUACCUCACUAUACGCCAUCUCCAAUGCUGAACCCGACACGUAGUGGAACGGGGCUCUUCUGCAACCUGUUGUCUUCCUUUGCUGUGGAAAACAGAGCACUGUGGACAGGCGAGAGGAAAGAUGAUGACUCACAAAGGUGCAUAAAUAUAGGCCCAGAGUUCCAAGCUGAGCUGCCAGAUCUGAUAAUAGGAAGAGAGCAUGGGGUGUGUUCAGAAGAAGCGGUCAGGGAGGAGCUGUUAUGGAAACCUUGGGCAGAGUUAGAAGAAAAUGACACCCUUUUACAGCAUGUUGAGAAUCUUCUUGACCUGAGCGCCUCCAGUGUUCUACCAGGAGGUGGCGCCAAUUUGGAGCUUGCUCUUCACAGCCUGUCUCGUUGCAAUGGAAACAUUCUAGCAGCGCUGGAGAUGCUGUUGUUUAAAGACUCCCCUCCAUCAGAAAACUAUCACUAUUCUGGCACGGAUAUCUGGACUUUGAGUGAACAAAGACUGUUCCAUAAAGCAUUUACAAUUUAUGGAAAAGAUUUCUCCUUUAUACAUAAAAUGGUGAGAACAAAGCAGGUGUCACAGUGUAUUGAAUUCUACUACAACUCCAAGAGGCUUUCAGAGAAACAAAGGAAACAGAGUGAGAGAGAAAGAGAAAGUUUGGAGGAAGAGAGACUUGCAGCCGUCAUCAAUCAGGUUCUUCCAGCCCCCAAGAUGCUAGCUAACCAAGCCAGUAUUGAGAGACUGAUUCACACCCCACCACUCCCCACAAGCUUUCCCUGUAAACAGUGUGGAAAGAUGUUCUACAAAAUAAAAAGUAGAAAUGCACACAUGAAGAUCCAUCGACAGCAGCAAGAGGACUGGAGAGAAAAGCUACAGAUACACCCAAACCACAACCUGACCAGAGCACUGGCUCAUCCAAACCAGACCCACCAUCAGAAUCACCUCCUGACCCAGAGUCUGAUUCAGAAUUUGGUCCAGUCACAGAACCAGUUGGCUUUUCUUCAGAGCACAAAGACUCAGAGUACAUGCCCAACCAGUAGUACCAGUUGCAUGGCUCCCACCCAGAAUCCACAGAUUGUGUCAAAAGCACCCCCCUUAUCCCUCCACACUGGACAUCAGCAGACAUGGGGCUCCCUGCACAGUGUAGAAACAGGCAGCCUGUUUUAUAACAGAGGCUCUGUGGUAAAUGGGCUUCAUUUGAGCAUACAGGACAGUGCAAGUAAACAGUGGACUGAUACCCAAUAACUUACACUUUUGCCAAAACUGAUUUGUACAGUUUUAACUUUCAAUGCUAUAAGACCUUUUAUUAAAAUACUGCUUUUAAACAUUUCAA